ACAACAGUAACGUCACACGGACUACAGGGGAGUUUUGUUGAAGUUGCAAAGUCCUGGAGCCUCCAGAGGGCUGUCGGCGCAGUAGCCGCGAGCAGCAGAGUCCGCGCGCUCCGGCGAGGGGCAGAAGAGCGCGAGGGAGCGCGGGGCAGCAGGAGCGAGAGCCGAGCGCGGACGCAGCCGGAACCCACAGCCCUCCCCAGCUGCCCAGGCAGAGCCCCAGCCAUGGAACACCAGCUCCUGUGCUGCGAAGUGGAGGCCAUCCGCCGCGCCUACCCCGAUGCCAACCUCCUCAACGACCGGGUGCUGCGGGCCAUGCUGAAGGCGGAGGAGACCUGCGCACCCUCCGUGUCCUACUUCAAAUGUGUGCAGAAGGAGGUCCUGCCGUCCAUGCGGAAGAUCGUGGCCACCUGGAUGCUGGAGGUCUGCGAGGAGCAGAAGUGCGAGGAGGAGGUCUUCCCGCUGGCCAUGAACUACCUGGACCGCUUCCUGUCGCUGGAGCCAGUGAAAAAGAGCCGCCUGCAGCUGCUGGGGGCCACCUGCAUGUUCGUGGCCUCUAAGAUGAAGGAGACCAUCCCCCUGACGGCCGAGAAGCUGUGCAUCUACACCGACAACUCCAUCCAGCCCGAGGAGCUGCUGCAAAUGGAGCUGCUCCUAGUGAACAAGCUCAAGUGGAACCUGGCCGCCAUGACCCCGCACGAUUUCAUCGAACACUUCCUCUCCAAAAUGCCGGAGGCGGAGGAGAACAAACAGAUCAUCCGCAAACACGCGCAGACCUUCGUUGCCCUCUGCGCCACAGAUGUGAAGUUCAUUUCCAAUCCGCCCUCCAUGGUGGCGGCGGGGAGCGUGGUGGCCGCAGUGCAAGGCCUGAACCUGGGGAGCCCCAACCACUUCCUGUCCUACUAUCGCCUCACCUGCUUCCUCUCCAGAGUGAUCAAGUGUGACCCGGACUGCCUCCGGGCCUGCCAGGAGCAGAUCGAAGGCCUGCUGGAGUCGAGCCUGCGCCAGGCCCAGCAGAACCAGGACCCCAAGGCCUCUGAGGAGGAGGAAGAGGAGGAGGAGGAGGUGGACCUGGCCUGCACACCCACCGACGUGCGGGAUGUGGACAUCUGAGGGCGCCAGGAAGGCGGGCGCCACCGCCACCCGCAGCGAGGGUGGAGCCGGCCCCAGGUGCUCCCCUGACAGCCCCUCCUCUCUGGGGCAUUUUGAUACCAGAAGGGAAAGCUUCAUUCUCCUUGUUGUUGGUUUUUUUUUUUCCUUUGCUCUUUCUCCCUUCCAUCUCUGACUUAAGCAAAAGAAAAAGAUUACCCAAAAACUGUCUUUAAAAGAGAGAGAGAAAAAAUAGUAUUCGCGUAACCCUGAGCGGCGGGGGACAGGAGAGUUGUGCUACAAAAAUAGAGGAUUUUAUACCCCAGUAAUCAACUAGUUUUUAUAUUAACGUACUUGUGUGUCUGUUGUAAGCGUAGGUAUUAACACAAAGGAGAGGUCUCGGGAGAGGAUUAGGUUCGAUUCUUUGCGUGUUAAAAAAAAGCAUAAAAACAU